ACGCUACUCCCGCCCCGCCAAAGUACUCAUUCAACCCGGCCAGUCGUCGAGCGCCGAGCGGUCACCUCAACAGUGAACAGUGAGAAAGAGAGUAACCAUAGCGUUCGAACGCUGGAGCAGCCGCAGAGGGGGAGGAGGAUCGAGCUUGAUUUAUGGCGGCUUCGCGCAGCAACAUUUCGAGCAUCAUCCACGAGCUCCGGGAGCGCAUCGCCGCGUCUUCUUCGGCUCCUCCUAAGAACGGUGGCGGCGGCGGCGGAGGAGACGACGGUGCUCUGGAGAUCAGGUUCCGUGCCGUGCUCCCCAAUCUCCUCCACGCUUACGUCGUUCCCUCUCCCACAGAAAAUGAGAGGGAAGUAGUUGCAAUAUUGAAGCUCAUUUCUCAAACUGCAAGAAAUAUUCCCGGUGUAUUUUACCAUGGGAAAGCAAGUGCUGUUCUACCCGUAAUUGGCCGGAUACUACCCUUCUUUACGGAGCCCGCAUUCUGUGCUCGGCACGGCGUGAUUUUUGAAACAGUUGGAUCUCUAUUAUCUUUGCUUCGGGCUGGGGAACGAGAUGCGUACCGUCAAUUUUUUGUUGAUGCCAUGGCAGUGGUUGAAGAUCUUUUGUACGCUGCAUCAAUCUGUGGAGACGCAUCAACCACUUCUGAAUCUAUUAAAUUGACCUUGAAGUGUUUCAGCCAAUCCUUUACUGGUAUAUUUGAUGAUCCUGCUUGCCUCUGUGAUCUUCCGACAAGUUGUAAACCAGAUGACGGCUUUGGCAUUUUGAUGAACCUCAGUGGCAACAGGAGAUGGCAAACCUUUGCGACUUGGAUGAUGAAGCUUUUGACAAAAUGCUUAGUGGAUGGAAUGAUAUUUGUUGAAGGUUUACUCAGUUUGUCAUUUAUUUCUUCAGCUUGUUCUCUGUUAUGUUUUGGAGACGCUGACUUGCAGAUGGCAUGUUUUGACUUCGCACGGAUCAUAGGAUCAACAGUAAGCUAUGACAUUGCUCCACAUGAGAACAUAAUUCGAUCAGUAUUGGCUAUACUGAGUGAGGAUAAAGAUGGACUGCCAGUAUUCAGAAAUAAAGUCUAUGACACCUGCAUUGGCAAUUGCCUCGAAGCAUUCCACACAAAUUGUCCUGAUGAAGUGGUCAUGCAAACAGCUGUCGAUUUAGUUAGCGUCUUUCCUCUAUCAGUAUGCAAAACCAGAAGCCAAGAGCUCAAGGCUGCAUUAUGCAAUGCAUACAAACGGGUUGCUAGAAUUUGCCCACCUGAUAUAUGGAAGCCAGAGAUCCUUAUAAAGAUGAUGCAUCAUCCGGAACCUUGCUUUCAACUGACAAGUUGCUUACAAGUAGCAGUCUCCAUUCUCGGUAUUGAUUGUGUUGGAGUUAUGGAAGUCAAUGGAAAUGUUUCAGAGUUGUCUGUGCUAUCUGGUAAAUCGUUCAACUCGUCAAGGGUUGGAGAAAAAAGGUCUAAUGUGAAUGGUCAGACCAACAAUAUCAAACGCCAAAAGACAAGUCAGCAAGGGGAAGCUUCUGCUAGUUACGUUCUACCACAGCAGAGUGCUUCUCAUUUGACUAUCUGUGAAAGAGAAGAAAAACAUGCUGGUUAUUUUCAUGAAUUAAUUAUUUCAUUUGUUGGAAAGUUGAAGCCUUCGGCUGUUCACAUUGGUUUUCCAAAACCAGAGAUUGCAUUGACCGCUCUUUGCAUGGUUUGCAUUGCCUUCUCAAGAUAUCCAAAGACCAUUUUGUCUUUUUCCAUCUUCCAGCAGAUGCUAUCAUGGCUUCCCUGGAUCUCUGACCAGGCAAAAAUAGGAAAUUCAAUAAGUUUGUCCAUCUAUCUGGAAGCAAUUCACAGUGUACUGCUUUUACAAAGUCCUCUCUUUUUGAAGCAGAAGCUUUUCUGUGGUGAUAAGGGUGAUGCCAAUUAUCUAAUUGGAGUGCUCAAGAUUCCAUGGACUCAUUCUCUUGAGGAACAUCAGUCCCCUUGCAAAAGUAAAAUUAGUUCUGUUCAAGUUCUGUCCAAGCUGGGUCCUAGCUUUAGUGAUGGAAUAAAUGCAGAAGUUUUGGAUAUGUCUCUUCGUGAUAAGGCAGAAGAUGUUGUGGCUGAAGCUAUUAUUUCCAUGCCUGUGAAUGUAUUGUGGUCUGGUCUUGGUAUACUGAAGCAUAUCUUUAGAAGGCUGGAGAUCUUUGGGAAUUUUGAGCAUGAGCAAGUGAAGAAAAUCAUUCCCUUUUCUCUUGGUUUCUUGUCUUGUCUAAAUGGGUCGUGCAAUGACAAAGCCUAUUCUGAUAACAGUUCAUGCAAGCUAUAUAUCAAUAUGAAAGGCGAAAAAUGCUGCUCGACUCUAAAUCUGUUGUUGCAAGGCUUUAGGUGUUCUAAGUGUGACAGAGAUGCUUGUAACAAUGAGGAAUGCUCUGCAAAUGUCAUAACUCCACCUGAUAUGCCAGAUAAUGUGACUUGUUCGGAUGAGGGGUUCACGUAUCUGCAAUCUCUGUUUUUUAAGCUCCUCUACGAUGAAUCAUCAGAAGAAGUUCAGGUUACAUGUGUGCAAAAUAUCCGGCGAAUUCUUGGACAUGGGACUACUGAGAUUCUGAUCAAAGCAAGACAUGAAUGGGUUAAAUGCAUUGAAGACCUUCUCCUUUGUAGAAAGAAGGAUGUGCGAGAAGCAUUCUGCUCCCAGAUCAGUGUCUUUGCUGAAGAUCCCAUUUUGACGUGCUUAUUUUCUACCGAAUAUGGCCAGAGUAAAAGUAAAGAACAGAUAUUCUUAGACAUAAUCAAGCAUGCUUUGGCAGCAGCAGAAGAUCCCCAGAUUUUUGAAACUCUUUUGCAGUCGACUGCGGAAAUUAUGAUUUCUGUGGAUAUCAACAGUCAGCUCUUCUUGUUUUCUCUCAUUCUUCUGGUUGAUCAACUUGAUAAUCCACAUGUGACAGUGAGAAUGAAUGCGUCUAGGCUGAUACACAAAUCUUGCUACGACCAUGUAAAAGGAGGACUUGAAGAAAUCCUUUUGAAAGUGGUUUAUAUUCGAAAUGAACUAUUUGAGUAUCUGUCCAUGAGACUUCCCAACCGGCCUGCAAUGGUCAGGGAGUUUUCAGAAGCUGUUUUCGGGAUUGAGACUGCGGAGCUUCUCAAGAAGAUGGUCCCCAUUGUUCUUCCGAAACUCGUGAUGUCUCAGCAGGAAAAUGAGAAAGCUCUAGAGACCUUGUAUGAGUUGGCGAGGUGUUUAAACACUGAUCUGGUGCCGCUGGUUGUUAAUUGGCUCCCAAAAGUUCUUGCUUUUGCCCUACAUCAAGCAAAUGAACAAGAACUCCAAUCCGCUCUGCAGUUCUACAGAGAGCACACCGGGUCAGACAGCCAGGAAAUCUUUGCAGCUGCUUUACCUGCUCUUCUUGAUGAGCUUAUAUGCUUUCUUGACAGCGGUGACUCAGAGGAGACAGAGAGAAGGUAUAAUUUGCCCAAACAACUAAUCCAGAAUGCUGAGAUUUCAUAUGGAAUACGAUUGGCAAGGAUCCCACAGAUGGUUAAGGAAGUAGCAAGAGUACUUACGGGGGGUGAAGAUCUUCCCAACUUUUUGAAGAAUCAUUUUGUUGGUCUUCUCAACAGUAUAGACAGAAAGUUGCUGCAUUCAGAUGAUCUCUUGCUGCAGAAACAAGCUUUGAAACGUAUUGAGAUGCUAAUUGAGAUGAUGGGUUCUCACCUUACAACAUACAUGCCAAAGCUGAUGGUCCUUAUCAUGUACGCCAUUGAUAAAGAAUCUCUCCAAUUUCAAGGUCUCUCCAUCUUGCACUUUUUAAUUAAGCAAUUGAGGGAGGUAUCGCCAUCCAGCAUCAAACAUGUUAUUUCUCAGGUUUUUGCAUCUUUAAUUCCUUUUGUUGAGCGAGACAAAAAAAUCAGCCCUAUGAAUUUGAAUAAAGUGGUAGAGAUUUUGGAAGAACUUGUUCUGAAGAAUAGGGCAAUUCUAAAGCAGCACAUCCGUGAAUUUCCCCUUCUGCCAAGUAUUCAAGCUCUAACAGAAGUAAACAAUGCCAUACAAGAAGCUCGUGGGGAGAUGACACUGAAGGAUCAACUACGAGACGUUGUUGUAGGUCUGAAUCAUGAGAAUUUGAAUGUGAGGUAUAUGGUGGCUUGUGAAUUGAGCAAGUUGCUGAACACAAAAAGGGAGGAUGUUACAGCUCUGAUUAUUGGUGAAGCCAGCGCUGACAUGGAGAUUUUAAGCUCUUUGAUUACAUCUUUACUGAGAGGAUGUGCAGAAGAAUCGCGGACUGCUGUUGGGCAGAGGCUUAAGCUGGUGUGUGCUGAUUGCAUUGGAUCACUUGGAGCAGUUGACCCCGCUAAAGUCAAGGGCUUUUCGUGCCAACGCUUUAAAAUUGAAUGUUCUGAUGAUGACCUUAUCUUUGAGUUAAUCCACAAGCACCUUGCAAGGGCCUUUAGAGCUGCGCCUGAUGCCAUCGUUCAAGACUCAGCUGCCCUAGCUAUCCAAGAAUUGCUGAAGAUCGCUGGUUGUGAGGCAUCACUAGAUGAGAAUUCUUCUACUUCUACAUCUCAGGCACAGUAUGAUAGGAACCCCUUGAAGGUGGUUGCAUCAUCGAGCAAAGACACUACCAGUAGCCGUGGGACCAAUUGGAGGGGUCAGAAACUGUGGGACCGGUUCUCAAAUUACAUUAAAGAGAUUAUUGCCCCUUGCUUAACGUCUCGAUUCCAGCUUCCUAAUGUGGGUGAUUCUGCUUCAGCUGGUCCUAUAUAUCGCCCUUCUAUGUCAUUUAGGAGAUGGAUCUAUUAUUGGAUUCGGAAGUUAACUACACAUGCUUCUGGACCCCGCGCGGGCAUUUUUAAUGCUUGUAGAGGUAUAGUGCGUCAUGACAUGCAAACAGCAACAUACUUGCUACCAUACUUAGUUCUUCAUGCUGUCUGUCAUGGUUCCGAGGAGGCGCGCCAUGGAAUAACUGAAGAAAUUCUCUCUGUGCUCGAUGCAGCAGCAUCCGAGAACAGUGCAAUUUCAAUCAUUGGAACUGUCUCUGGGCAGAGUGAAGUUUGCGUUCAGGCUGUGUUUAAUCUUCUGGAUAAUCUGGGCCAGUGGGUUGAUGAUGUGGGCCAGGAGCUAGCUCUUUCCCAGUCUUUACAAUCUUUGGCAUCUAAACAACAGCAGUCCAGGAUGAAAGAUCAGAGUCCAAAUGCUCUAUCUGAUCAGGAACAACUUCUCAUACAGUGUAAAAAUGUCUCAGAGCUAUUGGCUGCAAUACCAAAAGUGACCCUUGCAAAGUCGUCCUUCAGGUGUCAGGCUUACGCCAGGGCCUUGAUGUAUUUUGAGUCCUAUGUGCGUGAUAAGUCUGGCUCGUUCAAUCCAGCUGCUGAGAUCAGCGGUGUUUUCGAGGAUGAUGAUGUUUCAUAUUUAAUGGAAAUAUACAGCUACUUCGAUGAGCCUGAUGGACUCUCUGGCUUUGCAUGUCUGAGGAAAUCUCUAAGUUUACAAGACCAGCUUCUGAUAAAUAAGAAAGCAGGAAACUGGGCUGAAGUUUUGACUUCUUCUGAACAGGCUUUGCAGAUGGAGCCUAAUUCUGCUCAACGCCACUCUGAUGUACUCAAUUGUUUGCUGAACAUGUGCCACCUUCAGGCCAUGAUGACCCAUGUUGAUGGUUUAAUUUCUCGGAUUCCCAAGUAUAAGAAAACAUGGUCAAUGCAGGGAGUGCAGGCAGCAUGGAGGCUCCGUCGUUGGGACCUGAUGGAAGAGUACCUCAGUGGAGCCAAUGAAGAGGGUUUACUCUGUAGCAGCUCUGAGAGUAAUGCUUCCUUUGACAUGGAUGUUGCAAACAUUCUACAGGUGAUGAUGAAGAAGGAUCAAUUUUCAGUGGCCGAGAAAAUCGCACUGUCAAAGCAAGCUCUGAUUGCCCCUUUGGCUGCUGCUGGAAUGGACUCAUAUAUGCGAGCUUACCCGCAUGUUGUGAAACUUCACUUCUUACGAGAACUGGAGGAUUUUCAUGCUCUUCUUCUUGGCAAAUCUUUCUUGGAGAAAUCAUUUCACGCUGGUGAUGUGCAAUUCUCAAAUAUGAUGGAGCACUGGGAGAAUCGACUUCGGUUUACUCAACCUUCAUUGUGGGCUAGGGAACCACUCUUAUCAUUGAGAAGGCUAAUUUUUGAUGCCAGUGCUCUUGGGGCACAGGUUGGGAAUUGCUGGUUGCAAUAUGCAAAGCUCUGUCGAUCAGCUGGUCAUUAUGAAACGGCGAAUCGAGCAAUUCUUGAAGCACAAGCAUCAGGCGCUCCUAAUGUACACAUGGAAAAGGCAAGGCUUCUUUGGGGCAUCAGGCGUUCUGAUGGGGCAAUUGCUGAGCUGCAGCAUUCACUUCUAAAUAUGCCAGUGGAAGUUAUAGGUUCUGCUGCAAUAUCCUCAAUUAGCAGCCUCUCUCUGGUUCCUCUGAAUUUGCCACCUUUACAGACUGAUACUCAGAGUUUUAAUGCGAAUCGUGAUAUUGCAAAAACUCUCCUCCUUUAUUCGAGGUGGAUCCAUUAUACAGGGCAAAAGCAGAAAGAAGAUGUGAUCAGUCUUUACACUAGGGUGAGAGAGCUGCAGCCCAAGUGGGAAAAAGGGUAUUUCUAUGUGGCUAAGUACUUUGAAGAAUUGCUUGCUGAUGCUCGCAAACGCCAAGAAGAAACUUCUGAACGUGGCCCUAGGGUAUUGGCAUCUUCUUCUGUAACGGCUGUUUCUACAACCUUGGGCAAUGACAAGAGCUGGUGGUAUUACCUGCCAGACGUUUUAUUGUUUUAUGCAAAGGGGCUGCAUAGAGGACAUAGGAAUCUAUUUCAAGCGCUUCCUAGGUUGUUAACCUUAUGGUUUGAUUUCGGAAGCUUCUAUCAGAAAAAUGGUUCUUCAUCCGACAGAGAUUUGAAAAACAUCCACGGGAAGGUCAUGAAUGUUAUGAAGGGGUGCCUGAAGGAUUUGCCUACAUAUCAGUGGUUGACAGUCUUACCUCAACUGGUAUCUCGAAUUUGCCAUCACAAUGGAGAAACUGUUCGACUUGUUAAACACAUCAUUACCUCUGUCCUUCGGCAAUACCCACAACAAGCACUUUGGAUAAUGGCAGCAGUCUCAAAAUCUACUGUGCCUUCAAGGCGUGAGGCAGCAGCAGAAAUCAUACAAGCUGCGAGAAAGGGUUUUACCCAAGGAAGCAAUGGAAAUAAUAUUUUCACCCAGUUUGCUGCCCUAAUUGACCACCUAAUUAGGUUAUGCUUCCAUGCAGGCCAGUCAAAGGCAAAAACAAUCAAUAUUGCUACUGAAUUCAGUGCCUUGAAGAGGAUGAUGCCCGUGGAUAUCAUUAUGCCAAUCCAGCAGUCUCUCACAGUUAGUCUACCAUCAUAUGAUCCAGAUCUGAAAGGAAGUCACCAUUCAGAUAUCUUUUCUACUACAGAUCUUCCAACUAUAUCUGGGAUAUCAGACGAGGCUGAGAUUCUUUCAUCUCUUCAGAGACCUAAGAAGAUUGUUCUGCUGGGCAGUGAUGGUAUUGAACGACCGUUCCUUUGCAAACCAAAGGAUGAUUUGAGGAAAGAUGCUCGCAUGAUGGAAUUUACUGCAACUAUAAACCGCUUAUUAUCCAAAUAUCCAGAAAGCCGACGGAGAAAGCUGUACAUCCGCACAUUUGCAGUGAUUCCUUUAACUGAGGAUUGUGGAAUGGUACAGUGGGUCCCGCACACUCGAGGACUCCGACAUAUACUGCAGGACAUAUAUAUAAAAUGUGGCAAGUUUGACAGGCAUAGAACUAAUCCUCAAAUUAAACGGAUUUAUGACCAAUCCCAAGGCAAAAUGCCCGAAGAUGAAAUGCUUAAGGUGAAAAUCCUUCCCAUGUUCCCUCCUGUUUUCCACAAGUGGUUCCUGACCACUUUCUCGGAGCCUGCUGCUUGGUUUAGGGCUCGGACAGCAUAUGCCCACACAACUGCAGUCUGGUCCAUGGUUGGGCAUAUUGUGGGUCUUGGCGAUAGGCACGGUGAAAACAUUCUGUUCGACUCCACAACUGGGGACUGUGUACAUGUUGAUUUCAGUUGCCUAUUUGACAAGGGUUUGCAGCUGGAGAAACCUGAAUUGGUGCCCUUUAGACUGACUCAGAACAUGAUCGAUGGACUGGGCAUCACUGGAUAUGAAGGCAUCUUUUUAAGGGUUUCUGAAAUUACACUCUCUGUGCUGAGGACACACAAAGAUACUCUGAUGAGUGUUCUUGAAACAUUUAUACACGAUCCUUUGGUGGAAUGGACAAAAUCUCAUAAAUCCAGUGGCGUGGAGGUUCAAAACCCUCAUGCACAGCGCGCCAUCAGUAAUAUUGAGGCAAGGUUGCAAGGCGUAGUAGUUGGAGUUGGAGCUGCACCAUCUCUACCUUUAGCGGUUGAAGGUCAAGCUCGACGGCUAAUUGCUGAGGCAGUUUCACUGAAGAAUCUCGGAAAGAUGUAUAUCUGGUGGAUGCCAUGGUUUUAGGAACAGUAACUGGACAUUCAAAGAUUCCUACACUUAAAAACUGGAAGGUUUUUGGCAGUGAAAAAGGUGUUAUCAUGAUGAAGAUCAUACUAGACGAUAGAAGCAAAGCUCGAUCGGUGGCAUGAUGGAAGAGACGGGCCAAUCCUUAGUAGAUGUUCAAUGCAACUUUUGAAGAUGAAACGGGGGAAGAAGAUAUUAAGGCUCAAGGUCUGCUGAGAAAUUUUUUUGCCAUUCAGCUCGUCUCCUUUGACUAAGCAGCGCUGCACGCCAUUUAAUUGCCAACUCACUACUUGCAAUGCUGAGCAUCAAGGUGUGAAUCCUCGAAGCACGUCAAGCUUGCUUCUCGCUUAGUUCCAUCUCUCCUAUUCCAACCACAGGAGCCGGAGUCAUUACCUUUUACAUUGCCAGUCUCUGAAGACUCUUCCUUUGGCUACUAAACACCCAUUAUGGUGACUUCCUCCGGAACUACAGCUUUACCAUCACCAAGCUUUCGUUUCAUCUCUUCCAUCCAUUGUAACAAGAUCACAUAAGCUGAACCCAAGUGCAUGCCAUGCAAAUCCAAUUUUGCUUCUGAGGUACUCCACUCCAUUGCCUCAUUUAUAAUAGGAGAAUCUAUUAACUCUCGGACCAGCAAAGCCUCCUGGCCAUCCAAAACCUCCUUCAACUCCUCGAUCGAGACUGGAGAAUCACUCGUGUUCUUCGUCAUUGACACAAUUGUGGGGCAUGAGUUUAAGACAGUGUUAUAAGUACGGAUCGAGAAAGGAACACCCCUGAGUUUCAUCCUUUGAAGCCAAUGAACCAUUUGAGUUAGUUCACCAUGGGCUCCGUAA